ACCGUGUGCCGCGGUAGAGGCGGGGCGAGGAGGGAGAUGAGAUCACUUCUAGGAUAGCGGGUUGGGUAUAAAGGCAGCGAUACUCAGAGCAAGGCAUCACACUGACUGAGGCGCUGCUCUCACAACACCCAAAACAACAACAACAACUACUACCAUGCGUGUCCUGGCCGUGCUGUGCGUGCUGGUGCUGAUGGUUGCCGCAGUGCUUGGCGGCGGCGGUGGCUACUACGGUGGCGGAGGCAGAGGACGCUUCGGUGCCGGAGGCGGGCGCUUCGUCGGUGGCGGCAGCGGUGGGCGCUUCGUCGGUGGCGGCAGCGGUGGGCGCUUCGUUGGAGGUGGCGGCAAACCCGGAGGUAGUUUUGGCGGCAGCGGUUUUGGCGGCAGCGGUGGUUUUGGUAGCAGCGGUGGUUUUGGUGGCAGCGGUGGUUUUGGCAGCAGUGGCUUUGGAAGCGGCGUCAGCGGCUAUGGCUACGGAGGCUAAGAAUAGACUCCGGCCACUAUCACGAUGCUGGCGACACGCUGUUGACGGCGACGCUCCUGACGAAGGCGGUGAAGGUGAAUGGGAAGGCUCUAAUAAAACUGUUAGAAUGUG